AUGUGGCAUGGUCCAUUCCGAGUUGCGGACAUAUGUGGAGAUCACGCUGUGAAAUUGGAGAUCGCUGGAACCCCAUACCGGCUAUUUCCGAUUGUACAUUUAUCGAAGCUGAAGAAGGUAAAAACGUUCCCUGAGCGGCCGAAGGAUCAGCUUACGAUAGACGAAGCAGAUCGUUUGGACUUUGAUGAAGCUUUGUUACCAGAAGACAGUUGGGAGAGCGAUCUUGAAGAGGGAGAAUACGAAGUAGAAGAAAUGUUGGACGUGCGAUCUGGUAGGAAAACCCGUUAUGGGCGAGUACACCGAAAGUUUCUGGUGAAGUGGAAGGGACAUCCCGAUUUAAGUUGGGUAGAUGAGGCCGAUCUGAGUUGUGGGGUGAUCUUGCAGGAGUUUGAGCGGAACCGAGUGAGUCAAAACCGUUUUGAAGCGAUGCAGUUUCGCGAAGGCAAGUCGGACGAACCUUAA